AUGUUUGGGGCGGGGUCCAACCCCCGGCUGCCAACCAUCAAGGCUAUUGUGCUCGUGGAGGGGGCCGAGGACCAGCGAGCGGUCUCGAAGGCCGUCAAUGCGCCGGUGUACAUCUGCGGCGGCACCCGCGUGCUGCGCAGCCACGCGCAGCAGGAGCUGGAGGCGCUCGCGGCGCUGGGGCGCCCGCUCAUCGUCCUGACGGACCCGGACGAGCGCGGGCGGGAGCUCAGGGGCCACCUGGACUCAGUGCUGGCCCCGCUGCUCGCCGCCCGCGCCCCGGCGGCGCGCCCGCUGCACUCCUUUGUGCCCGAGGCGUCGGCCAUGGCGGGCACCGACGGCGCCGUGCACGCGGCGGGCAACAGGGGGAUCGAGCACGCCGUGCCUGGCGUGCUGAGGGCCGCCCUAAAGGCCGCGGCGCCCAGCUACCAGGCCGGGCGGGCGGUGUGGGACCUGCGGCGGCUGCAGGAGAUGGGGCUGGCGCGGCCGUUUGACAACGGCGGCGUCCUCGCUGGCGGGGGGGACGGCCUCGAGGAGGACGGCGGCGGCGAUGGCGGUGGCGACGGGGGUGGCGGCGGCGGCGGCGGUGGUGGCGGCCGCUGGGGCGGCGAGCAGCCCAAGGAGCGGCGGCGGCGGCUGUGCGCGCAGCUGGGGCUGGGGAGUUGCAGUGGGUCGCAGCUGGCGGCGGCGCUCAAUCGCUUUUUUGACGAGAGGCAGGUCGAGGCGGCGCUGGCGGCGAUGGAGACGCAGGGGUGA